UGAAAAAGAGAGAAAGACAAUGAAUUGUCUAUUAAAAUGUCUUAUGUUAACCCGAGGAACUGCCUGCCACAAGGUCCCACAGAGAGAACAAUAUCGGAGCGCGGACCAGGCACUUGGGGCUGAGGCAGAAAUCUCUUGAUUCCUUGUUGGGGGAACUUAGCAUCAUAAAUCUGACCCGGUUCCGCAGAGGUCGGUGACAUUGCACAAGUGAAGAGCUGGAGUAGGCUCAUGUCAGUGAAUGGAUAUUCUCUCCCCCUCACCCCAAACCCGGGCAGUGUGGCACCCCGUUCUUCUAGAGUGAACUGAGCAUCCCUGCCUGGAAAGCGCUUGCAAGUCGGGCUUCGUGCAGUCCUGCUCAGACUUGGCGAGCAUGGAACCGGAGGAUGGCGAGGCAACGAGUGGCGUGUGAAUCUGCAAGAGCGUGGGAAGAGGAGCGAGAUGACGCGCGGGUCCCCCCAACGGGAUCCGUUUCUGUGGAUGGAGGUUGCUGCGGGCUCCAGAGCGGAUUGGGAGGCGAGGGGAGGAGGAGGGCUGGAAGAGCUCAGUCCAAGGAUUAACCCCCGCCCCGGGUCCGCCAGCGGCAACCGGUUCAGCAGAAGCAGCAGCACAUGAGCCACUGAGAGAGAAAACACACGCGAGCAGCAGCGAGAAAGCGAUUGCUCAGCUGGGCUGCGAAGAGAAAUCUGCUCCGAAACAGGCAACCGGGCGAGUCAUCAGCCUAAAGAAGAGCAAAGAAGCUGGAUCCGGGCAAACGAUGCCCCGUGCAUAGAUCCUGAACCAGGACGAAGAUCUAGGGGGAUCUUCGGAGAAGAGUCAGAGAUCUGGGUGGGAAAGCCCUAUUUACAAAACCAAACCAAACCCAACCCAACCCGGCGUGAUCGCAGGGAAGGCAACUCUGAGAGUAGAGGUGUGUGUGUGGGAGCUGCACGAACAAGAUCAAACCAGUCGGUUUCCCCUGCGUUGUUUGUGUUGGCCUCCUCCGCUUCUGGGGAAACUUCACCGAAGAGGAGACAGCAGCAAAGCAAACCUGAAAGGACAAGUCAGGGAGCGGGGAUUCAUUCCACCCCAUCGCCUCCUGGGAUCUCCGAGCCCUACGUUGGCUGGUACUAGGAGGACUCAGUGCCAGAGGAGGUCAGCUUGGUCCCACAACCAAAGGCAGGCUGGUUCUAGCCGGAGGCAGGCACCCAAACCAAAGUGUGGUGGUUGAGAGACCCACUCAGUCCUAAGAAGGUGGGUGUUGGGACCAAAGCAAGUCCAGCACCUUUUUGGCUCUAGAACCUAGGGGAAGGAGGAGACCAAAGCAGCUUGGUUCUGGAGGAGAGAGACUAGUGUUGGCUGCCAUCUGGAUCCGGGACUGGGACACCUUGACCCCCAAGGGACAAGCCCAGCAUCAGGACAGUUGCAGAGGCAGAAGCCAGAGGCCCCCAAGUGUACUGGUGGUGGAGCCAGACUGGAAAGAGAGAGACCCUCCUUCAGCUUCUCGGAGAUAUAAUUUGGAGCGGAGAAGCUCCAAUAAGCAUCCAAGCCCCUAACGGGAGCAGCAGGCACAGACCCAGCCCAGGACCCCCAGCGGCUUCGAGGAGAGCCACCCAGAACCACUGGCAGGGUUCUUUGGGGGCAGACACCCGUCACUCAGGGCUGCCUAGUUCAAUCCCCUGGAGAGGCAGACCAUCAUGGAGGACGGAGCGCGUCACCGUGGUGGUUCUGAGAAGGGCUCAGCAGACCCAGACAAAUCAGGAGGAGGAGGAGGAGGAGGAGGCGUUGCACUCAAGAAAGAAAUUGGGCUGCUGAGCGCCUGUGGCAUUAUUGUGGGUAACAUCAUUGGAUCAGGGAUCUUUGUGUCCCCGAAGGGCGUGCUGGAGAAUGCCGGCUCUGUCGGGCUGGCACUCAUCGUCUGGAUUGUAACUGGCCUUAUCACCGCCGUGGGGGCGCUCUGCUAUGCGGAACUGGGAGUCACGAUCCCCAAAUCUGGAGGCGACUAUUCCUAUGUCAAGGACAUAUUUGGGGGACUGGCUGGGUUUCUGCGGUUAUGGAUUGCAGUGCUGGUGAUCUACCCCACCAAUCAGGCCGUCAUUGCCCUCACCUUCUCAAACUAUGUCCUGCAGCCGCUCUUCCCCACCUGCCUUCCCCCUGAAACUGGACUGCGGCUGCUGGCUGGAGUUUGUCUUUUGCUGCUGACUUGGGUGAACUGUGCCAGUGUGCGCUGGGCCACACGUGUCCAGGAUGUCUUCACGGCAGGAAAACUGCUGGCGCUGGGACUUAUCAUCAUCAUGGGAAUUGUGCAGAUUUGCAAAGGGGAAUACUUCUGGCUGGAGCCAAAGCAUGCCUUUGAGUUCUUCCAGACACCAGAUGUGGGGCUGGUGGCCCUGGCCUUCUUACAGGGCUCCUUUGCCUAUGGGGGCUGGAACUUCCUCAACUACGUCACAGAGGAGCUGGUCGACCCUUACAAGAACCUGCCACGGGCCAUCUUCAUCUCCAUUCCCCUGGUCACCUUUGUCUACGUCUUCGCCAAUGUGGCCUAUGUCACUGCCAUGUCACCCCAAGAGUUGCUAGCCUCCAACGCUGUUGCAGUGACAUUUGGGGAGAAACUGUUGGGGGUCAUGGCCUGGAUCAUGCCCAUCUCUGUUGCCCUCUCCACCUUCGGAGGAGUCAAUGGAUCCCUCUUCACUUCCUCCAGACUCUUUUUCGCUGGAGCCCGGGAGGGCCACCUCCCCAGCGUCCUGGCCAUGAUCCACGUGCGACGCUGCACUCCCAUCCCUGCCCUGCUCUUCACUUGCCUUUCAACACUGCUUAUGCUGGUGACGAGUGAUAUUUACACCCUGAUCAACUACGUGGGUUUCAUCAACUACCUCUUCUACGGAGUGACUGUGGCUGGGCAGGUUGUACUACGCUGGCAGGAACCUCACCGGUCCCGUCCCAUCAAGGUGAGCCUGUUCUUCCCCAUCAUUUACCUGCUGUUCUGGGCCUUCCUGCUGGUGUUCAGCCUGUGGUCGGAACCCGUGGUGUGUGGCAUUGGCCUGGCCAUCAUGCUGACGGGCGUGCCUGUCUACUUCCUGGGGGUGCACUGGGAGCACAAGCCCCCUGCCUUCCACUCUUUCGUGGAUGCUGUGACUCGAGCAGGGCAGAAGCUUUGCGUGGUCGUGUACCCCCAGAUGGAUGCCGGCGGAGAGCCUGCAAAGACACCAAACCUCAGCAAAGACACCAAAGAGCAGCUGGAGCUGAUGUGUGCGACGGACGACCUCAACAGCCCUGAGAACUGAGCUCACGCUGGCCGGGGUAGCCAAAACAACCAGACAUGGACUGGACAGGGCUCGCUGGCUGGGGCCGAGGUCAACGGGAGGCCCCCAACCCCGACGGCCAGUGCUGCCUCUCUACCGCCUACAGCACCCUGUGUUGGGACUGGAACAGCUGGGCGUGCCCUACUAGACGUCCCCGUCCCCACCCCGCGCCCCGAUCAGUCUCCCCCCACCAGCUUCCAGCGGUAAACCCUUGCUGGGACUGGAGUCUCCACACCCACCAUUCCCUCCUCACUCCCUGCAGUGCUUUCUGCUGGGGAUGGAUGUAUCAACGGGAGCUGUCCUCACCGUCCACAACCCCACACCCACUGGCCUUAGGCACCUGCUGGAAGGGGCUCCUCGUUGCCUUAUAUUGCUGGGAAUACUCUCUUUGGGUUUGAACCUCAUCUGGGGGAAAGGGUCCUCCCCCGCGGUUUUGUGUCCUUGUAUUUUUCACAUCUCUCUCUCUCUCUCUGUUUUUUUUUUUUUUUUAAUGUAAUAAAUUAAGCUCCACUUGCCAUCCCCGUAGCCUUAAAUCCCUGAUUACCGGAUGCUGAAAUUUCAUCCAGUUUACAUACUUUUCUGCAUCAUAGUCUCCAGUUUUCCAUUGGAACUAUAUGGCAGAGAUUGGCAAAGCUGGGAUUGCCAAGGGAUGUACUAUCUUGGCACUACGAAGAUAUUGUACUGCUCCUGCGGAAGCUGCAAAUCUCCACUCCAUUUUUUUUUUUUUUUAAUAAACUUUCUUUACUUUCA